UUCCUCUGGGCGGAGAUAGGUGGAUAAGCGGCGGGGUGGGUGAGCGGCUGAUCGGUGCUGAAAGGCGGGGUGGCAGUUCGAGGCUCUCGGAAGCGGCCAUGGAUAAACUCCGGCGGGUGCUGAGCGGGCAGGAUGACGAGGAACAGGGGCUGACGUCCCAGGUGCUGGAUUCUUCAUCUCUCAGUUUUAGUACUCGAGUGAAAUGGUUCGCAAUAUUCUUUGCUUGUGGUAUUUUGUGCUCUAUUCUUGGAACAGUAAUGCUUUGGAUCCCUCGCAGUGGCAUGAAACUCUAUGCUGUAUUCUACACCUUAGGAAACAUUUCUGCAUUAUCCAGUACUUGCUUCUUGAUGGGUCCUGUGAAGCAGCUGAAAAAGAUGUUUGAACCAACAAGAUUAUUGGCGACGCUUAUUAUGCUGUUUUCUUUUAUCCUAACCCUGUGUGCUGUAUUCUGGUGGCAAAAGAAAGGAUUGGCUGUGCUGUUCUGCAUAUUGCAGUUUUUGGCAAUGACCUGGUACAGUUUGUCAUAUAUUCCUUAUGCAAGGGAUGCUGUAAUGAAAUGCUUCACAUCAUGCCUAAGUUAAAGUGAACAAACAAUAAUUCUUCUGGAAGCCAACUCCACCCACCUAAGCUUACUCCAGUUUUUUUUCCAGUUCUUGAAACAGACAUCCUUUUUGCAAAAUGUUAGAAUCAUUUUUAAAAACCCUUACAUGCCAUGAAUACUUACAUCCAUGAUAGUCUUUAAAAUUAUUGUUCUCCUCACAAAGUAGUCUUAAGUCAAUUUGGAUUACAUUAUGCUAAUAUAGCUUAUUUUUAAAAUAGGUGGUCUUGGGGUUCAGGAAAACACAUGUAAAUAAUUUGUCUUCAGUAUUCUAUUUAUCUUUAUUGAUGCAUUAUUUGUUACAUGCUUUUUGCAAAGACUUUCAUAAUCAUUGUAAAGUUAAAUAUUUUACUAAAUCUAUAUAUAAUGGGAUACCAGAAAUGGUAUGGAAGGAUUGUGAGAAUAUGGGAGUUUUUACACAUGUAAACUGUUAAACUCUUUUUAAAAGUCAACUUUUUUUUACUGUGAUACUUAAAAUACACUUGAAAAAAUGCUUAUGGAUAAUAUAUAAAUCAAUAAAUGGUGAAAAAUAAAUGUUUUAAAA